AUGAGGGCCGAUCAGAUGUUUGAAGAGGAAGCAGCUGAGAAAGGGCAUUCAUCGUUGGUUGCUGAAGCACAUAAAUUCGCAGAGAAGCUGGGGACGACUCUAUCCCUUAAGCGUACAGACCCAUCGUGCAAUUCGCACAAGAGAUCAGAGGUAUUGAUACAAAGAACAAAGAUAAAGGCGCACCUGAUGAAAGCUGCAAUAAUAAGCUACAAGAGGACAUCAAGACAGAAAAGUGGCACGGGCAUCUGCCUUCUUCUCGACGGCAAGACGUAUGCACCUACUCACUUCAUUGCAGGUGUAAUGGAGCUCUACGAGCACCUAACACCGACCAGAGCGUAUACUUCAUAUAAGACAGGAAACGCCCAUGGGGGGUGGUGUAACGUGUAGGAGGUGAAGAAAAGCUGCAGAGACCCUCUCACAUGUUUUAUCGGGGUGUUCCGUCUAAGCUGAAUCAAAGUAUUCAAACCGACACAAUGCCGCGUUGAAAAUGCUUUUCUUCGAAAAAUGUAAAGACCUCUGAUUGGUGGAUUCUGUUCCCUGAUGGUACUCGCCACUAACAAACAAAUCAAUGUACGAGUCACCUGAUGCGCAGGUCUAUUGGGAUGUGCUGGUUUACACUAACCAUACCUGUGUCAAGGCUAACAGAGUGGAUGCGCGUUUUGUGGGAAUAUCUGAACAGUAGAGGUGAGUUGUCCGUAGGUGGAGAAUCGCGGAAAGAAGGAUGAUGAGAAGACAGCCAAGUACGGUCCUCUGCGAUGGCAGCGGAAGAGGCAAUACCGGAAGAUCGAGCAUUGAUGUGCAAGGAGGAUGGUCAAAAUAACGUGAGCCUACUGUGAAAAAGCUCGUCGGUGAAAGGGUAAAAGGUGUUCUGCGAAGAAUGCAAAACACUACAACCUCGUCCCGCUAAACAUAGCACGUUUUUUCAAGGCAGCUGUUGUUUAUCUGUCGGAAUUUCUUAAGGUCGUAUUAAGACCGUGCUUCCAUGGGAUCUCACUAGAGACGUUUGAAGUGCUUUUUCUUGAUUAGUCUAGAUUCGAAAAAAUGUAUUGAUAUAUUUCUUAGUUGCAUUUUAAUAUCUUCACUACCAUCAAUGUAUAUGUUUAUCAUUUUGUUAAUAUUCUUUAUAUAUGUAUAUGUUUAUCAUUUAGUAAUAUUCUUUAACAAAGUUCGCUUUCGUGAGUAAUAAAAAUAAAAAUAAAAAUAAUAAUAAUAAUAAUAAUAAUAAUAAGUAAAAUCUUUAUUACAAAACCUCAAUUAAAAUCCUAUUUACAAUCAACCCGCUGUUACAAAAAAUCUAAUUAAUUCAUCAAAACACUAUUUACAAUUCCAUCCGUUACAAAAGAAACCCCUCGGCCUUCAUUAGAGAACAAAAACAAUCCUAUAUAUAAUAAGUGAAGAAAGAAACCAUUCAUUUACAAAUUCUAAAAAAUAGAAGUAACUUAACCUUACAUAAAAGAAGAGGAAAUAUAUAUAAUUAAUAAUAAAAGCUCAAAAUUCUAUAAAAUAAAGAAUUCCAUUAUGCAGAGAUAUCAAGAUCAUACAAUCGAAUUAUACUAAUGACGGCUAAACCAGUGUCCCUAAAAAGCCCUAAGUAUAAAAGCAUAUAGACACGUAUUUCAGAUAUCCGCACUAGCGACAUUUAUUUUACAGUCUAAUGAUUGCUCUAUCUUGCUACGAAACGGCGUUCGCGAACCUCUGACGCAUGCAUGUACCGAUCUUAAGAGUUCAAAUGAGAUCUGUGUCCUGAGCCAAGUGAUUACAACAUGAUAAGGCUCGGUGUCUUUCUGAGCUAUCUUGUCUGCGAGAUGCUUUAAGAACCGCUGACACUCGUUUCCCAUUCCGCCAUUGGUUCCAAACACUAAAGGCGUAAACGAACUUGCCUGCGUAGCAGGCGUCGAAAGGGGUAGGUGGUAGGGGAAAGGGGAGGAAGGGAAAAAGGGGAGGGGGAUUGGGGAGAGGGGCAGGGGACGCCUGCUCUUAGAACCCCCUUUUGUUCAUAUCUGCGGACGCUGGCGUCCGCAAAUUCCUGAUUGGCUGAGCCGUAAUGAGUAACAUAUUGAAAUGCGCGUUUCACAAAUCAACAAACAGUCGAGAUGGCAGCCGUGUGAAUUUAUCUAGUGGUAGAGAAACUGUUUUAAAACCAGAGCAAUAAUCAGCAGUAAGGGCUCUUUUAGCCGACAGAGAUGUUCUGGCGGUUUUGCGGACCGAAUACGGCAAGAGUUUAAUUUACCAAAUGUUUGUACGCGCGAAGAACUACGAGCUAAAUGGUAAUGCGGCGAUUCUCGUCAUUUCGCCCCUGAAAAGUAUUAUCGAAGACCAGUUGCAGGAGAUGGAAUUGUUGGGCUACCCAGCGAAAGAUUUAGCAAAUUUAUCGAACAAUGACAUUCGCCGAUGUAACUUAGCAAUAAAAGAGGGUGGUUUUACCUCAUGCAAAAAUGCUGCUUAUUCCAAUAAAGUUGUUUUUAUCUGCUGGGUAGAUUAUGCUCUGGAAGGUUCUGCAUUUAUACUGAGCAAAUGUUAUUUUAGCCGCAUGUUUCACAUUGAGAGGUCAUGACAUAGUAUCGAUUGACUGUAGUUAUUGUUUUCUGGUUGGCAGGAUUUGCCCUCUCAUGCAAGCGCAAUUUCUUUGACCUCUUUUGAAGCGUAAAGCUUUUUUUAAUACGGCUGAAUAAGGGUUCCAAUUUUCUCCAAAGUGCCUUCUGGAUCUGAAUAACUAAGCGAAUUUCUUUAGUCGGUGAGUGUAACGUUUUUCUGCAAUGGCGAGUGUAGCGACACUUGAUUGACAGUAAGCGUAAUCGGAUUACUAGAAAAUUGGUAGGCGUUAUGCAAAAACAUAGGCUCCUAGAGCAGGCGCUCCCUUCCCUUUUCCCUUUCUCCCUCCCCCCUCCCCCUCCCCUUUUUGCGCCUGCCACGCAGGCUAAAACGAACCCAUCUAUACAUCUAACACCCGCUGCUGGUACUUGCGCUCCUUCUCUUCUUCUUGCUCUUUGAACACUUCCGAUGUUGGCUUGCUCUGUUAACACUUGGAGUUGACGUGCGUAACUCUAAAUACUACUACUACUACUACUACUACUACUACUACUACUACUACUACUACUACUACUACUACUACUACUACUACUACUAAUAAUAAUAAUAAUAACAACAACAACAAUAAUAAUCACAAGUCACUGAUGAAAAAUGCCGCCUAUGCGGGGAUUCCCUGGAGAAUGUGCAGCACAUUCUAUCUGGCUGUAGUGCACUGGCAUAG